AGUAGUAUAAUUUUUCACGCAUGCACAAAGGCUUAAAGCCAAAAGUUUCUCUUUCUCACGUUCUUCUUCAGUCUCUCUCUCUCUCUCUUCUUUCUCUCUCCUCGUUCUUGGCUACCAAGCGCAAGCUGCGGUACACUGGAUUUCUCAAUUUUCUUGACUUCCUCCCGAAUCCCUACUUUUUACAGGGUGUUAACAUCUAUCCCUAUUGAAUGGAUUAUGUUGGUGGUGAUACAGUUACACUUAUCAUGCAUAAUCAGAAUUCUAAGUUACUCAAAUCUGAACAUUCAGCUGCUGUUGACCAUGGUGUAAAAUCAGUUCAUCAUAAGAAUAGGUUUUCAAUGGGUGAGAAACAGACCCAGAAAGGAAAAGUGGAAGGUAAAGGUUUAUGUGAUUUAGGGGAAAGCUUGAGUUACAAUCAGGUUUCUGGGUUUGAGUCCAAAUGUUGCAUUAAUCAUCCUGCUGAUGAUCCAAAUAGCUCGGCUGGUCAGCGAAUUGAUCAAGGAAUCCCUGAAUCAGCGAGUUCAUAUUGUCCUAGCCCUCAAAACAGUUUUCAUUCUGCCACCCAAUCUAUAGAAGCCAAAGAAAGUUGCACCAUUACUGAAUCAAGUGAAUGUCAUAGUAGUAUUGAGAAAUUGAAGGAAAGUGGUGAUGUUAGUCAAUCCUUUGACUUUGUUGAGAGUAGAAAAGUGAGUAAUACUUACAGAGAAAGCACUGGUAGUGAUGUUAGUGAUGAAAGUAGCUCCAGUAGCAUUAGUAGUGCCAUGUACAAGCCUCACAAAGUAAAUGAUGCUCGAUGGAUUGCCAUCCGCAAUGCUCAAUCUCACUACGGGGUAUUACAGCUAAAUCAUUUCAGGCUGUUGAAACAGUUAGGAUGUGGAGACAUAGGCAAAGUAUAUCUAUCUGAAUUGGUUGGGACGAAAACUCAUUUUGCAAUGAAGGUAAUGAACAAAGCAGCUUUAGAGAGUCGAAAGAAACUUGUAAGGGCUCAAACUGAGAGAGAGAUUCUUCAGUCUCUGGAUCAUCCAUUCCUGCCCACACUGUAUACACAUUUUGAAACCGAAAAUCAUUCUUGUUUGUUGAUGGAGUUCUGCCCUGGAGGUGAUCUGCACUCACUUAGGCAGAGACAACCUCAUAAAUGCUUUCCUGAGCAUGCUGCUAGGUUUUAUGUUGCAGAGGUGCUCCUUGCGUUGGAAUAUCUACAUAUGCUUGGUAUCAUUUACCGAGACCUAAAGCCAGAGAAUGUUUUAGUUAGAGAAGACGGUCAUAUAAUGCUGUCAGAUUUUGACCUUUCUCUAAGAUGUGCAGUCUGCCCAACACUUGUCAAAUCAUCAAACUCAGGUCUUGAGUCCAAGAGCUCAGCAUACUGUGCUCAACCUGCGUGUAUAGAACCAGCUUGUAUGAUUCAGCCCGCUUGCUUCACGCCACGAUUCUUAUUGGGUAAGCCCAAGAAAGCAAAAAAACCCAAACCUAAAAAUGAAUCAUAUUCUCAAGGAUGUCCUCUGCCGGAGCUGCUUGCCGAGCCAACAAGUGCUCGUUCAAUGUCAUUUGUGGGCACCCACGAGUACUUGGCGCCUGAAAUCAUUAAGGGUGAAGGGCACGGUAGUGCUGUAGAUUGGUGGACAUUCGGAAUAUUUCUUUAUGAGCUACUGUUUGGAAGAACACCAUUCAAAGGGCAAGGAAACCGUGCCACAUUGUUUAAUGUAGUGGGCCAGCCCCUAAGAUUCCCCGACUCCCCUUCUGUAAGCUUCGCUGCAAGAGACUUGAUUCGAGGUUUGCUUGUGAAGGAGCCUCAGCAUCGCCUUGCCUUUAGACGUGGUGCCACCGAGAUCAAGCAACAUCCAUUCUUUCAGAGCAUUAAUUGGGCCCUUAUUCGCUGUGCUACCCCACCCGAAGUUCCCAGGCCUUUCAUACCAACCCUAAAUGGUGAUCCACCUGUUGCAUCCGCCACAGGUGCUAAGGUACCCGGUCAUGAUGCGAAAUCAACGGGUAACUAUAUCCAGAUUGAUUUUUUCUGAUUCUUUGUGAUCAUUACGUGUCGACUUUUCCUCGUGCUGCUCCAUUGACCUCAUGGCAUUGUGUAGCUCAUACAAUGACGGAGAAUACAUCAUGCAUAUGCUCUGAUAUGAAUCAAUUUUAGAAAAUGCAAUUGUAUUGAAUAGGUAGUGUAAUUCUUGUAAAUUUGCAUUCAUUUCUUGAGAUCAAAAUUCAAUAUGAUGUAAUCUUCGAUACCAUCUGUAGAUGAGGUUACAUGCUUGUAUUCUUCUGAAUAAUGAUCAAAACCUUGCAGUUUGCUUCAAA